GUGAUUAGUAAACCUAAAACUCUCUCAGGACCGCUUCCCAAGGUGCGCCGCUCAGAUGGAUCUCCUCUGCCCUAGCUCCGCCGCUCCUUCCUUCUUCCUCUGAAGCAGCUCUGCUCUCUCUCCAUGGUGCUGAUGGUGACUUCUCUUCAAUCACGUUUCAGGCCUCCACCAGAUCCGCCGCCGUCACCGUGUAAGCCCCCUCCGCUUGAAGCUCGCUCUCCCCACAUCCCUCCGAAACCUCCAGACCCACCAGACGUUCUCCUCCUCGCUUCUCUACAGAUCCUCGAUUCUUCCAUCAGUUCUCUGGUUCCUGCUGUUGCAGCUACUCAUCGAAGUUUCUUUGCAACAACCAGUGAUUUAACUGGAUCUAUUUUCGUUACAUUUGGAGUGCAAAUUUCUACUACUUGGUACAAGUAUAGAUCUACUACUUGGUGUAUGUUUCAGUCCAGUCCCACUUUCCAGAUCGAGCCAUGGGUUCUCUUUGCAGGAACCUCUCUCCUCUUCGUCAAGUUUUCAGAAGGGAUUGAUACUUUUGAAAAUGGAGGUUUUGGAUGGUGUGUCCAUGGUAUGGAUGGAGCCUGUGACUCUCAAAACUCCUUUCCAUAUAUGAUUUCAUCCAUUGCGGUCGGAACUUUGGCGCUGCAGGAAGCUCUUCUUUCAGCAUCGUGUGUUGGAUUCUCAAAGCUUCAAGUAACUUCAGACUCUAAUGUCUUCUUGUUUGCCCUGCGUUCAGGGAUGGAUUUGAUUGGGAUCGCAGGUUGUCUCCAUGACAUCACAAACCUUGCCACUCUCUUCACUCCUUUAUCAUUUAAGUUUUAUCAGUGCACAACAGUAUGUAUGGCUGUUGCUUUUGCUAUGUAUGUGUUUUUCAAACUAUGUUUCUCUAUUACUCUCCUUUGAGUUUAUGAAUGAAAGAAACCUUUGACCAAAA